UCAGUCCGGCUGACUGCGGCCAGGUUGGAAGCCUGGCAGGGAGUCGUUUUCAAAUUGUCGCGCCUGGAGCCGGCCGCACUGUGCUGUCAUAGUACCCCCGCCUGUGAGUCAGAGCCUCAGGGAGAGAAGAGCGCGACAGGACGGUUGAGAGAAAGAAAGGCAAGGAACGAGAGUGCAGACUUUGACUGAAAUCUGAGACGGAGGGCACGGGAGGGCGAUCGCUAGCUUCUGAUUGGCCCGUGGGCAUCAUCGUAGACCCACGCAACUGCCUCGAUUGGUUGGUGUCUGCAAUUGUUUUGGCGGCGGCGAAGAUUUUGCCCACGUACUUCCGAACGAGAGGCGGGACUGUGCCCUGGCGCGCGUGCGCAGCGCCCCGGGGCCCCACCCGGUAGUUCAAGAACCUGCGAGGGGGCGGGGCGAAGAGGUGCUUGUUUUGGUUCUGUUUCCUUUGAAGCGGCAGGCCGGAACGAGCGAGCAUAGCAGUAAACUUGUUGGACUUGGAGAAAAGGCUACGACAAACUCGCCGCGGUGCCAUCAUCUAGGACUUCACAUCCGGGUUCUCCUGCCCCGUGACCUGCGCGCCACCGACGGUUCUCGAACCGGUGCCUCAAUCUCUUUAUCCGGGUCCCGCCGAUCCCGUCGUGCUUCGCGCACCACAGUAGCCCCCUCAUCCGGGUUCUAUCCCAGCGUGCCUCGCGCCGGGUUUGCUGGGGGGUACUCGGCGGUGCCGCCAUGACUAUUCUCCCCAAAAAGAAGCCGCCGCCUCCCGACGCCGACCCCGCCAACGAACCGCCGCCGCCCGGGCCGCUGCCCCCGGCGCCGCGUCGCGGCGGGGGUGUGGGCGUGGGCGGCGGCGGCACGGGUGUGGGCGGUGGCGACCGCGACCGUGACUCGGGAGUCGUGGGGCCCCGUUCCCGGGCCUCACCACCGCCUCAGGGCCCGCUACCGGGGCCGCCGGGAGCGCUUCACCGCUGGGCGCUGGCCGUGCCGCCUGGCGCCGUGGCGGGUCCGCGACCACAGCAGGCCUCUCCUCCUCCUUGCGGGGGCCCUGUCGGUCCCGGCGGCGGUCCCGGCGACGCGUUGGGCUCAGCGGCGGCGGGUGUGGGCGCGGCGGGCGUGGUGGUGGGCGUGGGCGGAACCGUAGGCGUGGGAGGUUGCUGCUCCGGGCCAGGCCACAGCAAGCGGCGACGUCAAGCCCCCGGGGUCGGAGCGGUUGGCGGGGGCAGUCCGGAGCGUGAGGAGGUCGGCGCGGGUUACAACAGUGAGGACGAAUACGAAGCGGCUGCAGCUCGCAUCGAGGCUAUGGACCCCGCAACCGUUGAGCAGGGGGAACAAAACACAGGACCAUUCCAAUGGAUUCCAGCGACUUCCUUAAAGCAGGAGCACUGGUUUGAAAAGGCCCUGAGGGACAAGAAGGGCUUCAUCAUCAAGCAGAUGAAGGAGGACGGCGCCUGUCUCUUCCGGGCUGUAGCUGACCAGGUAUAUGGAGACCAGGACAUGCAUGAGGUUGUACGAAAGCAUUGCAUGGACUACCUGAUGAAGAAUGCGGACUACUUCUCCAACUAUGUCACAGAGGACUUCACCACCUACAUCAACAGGAAGCGGAAAAACAACUGCCAUGGCAACCACAUUGAGAUGCAGGCCAUGGCAGAGAUGUACAACCGGCCCGUGGAGGUGUACCAGUACAGCACAGAACCCAUCAACACAUUCCAUGGGAUCCAUCAAAAUGAGGAUGAACCCAUCCGCGUCAGCUACCAUCGGAAUAUCCACUACAAUUCAGUGGUGAAUCCCAACAAGGCCACCAUUGGUGUGGGGCUAGGCCUGCCGUCAUUCAAACCGGGGUUUGCAGAGCAGUCCCUGAUGAAGAAUGCCAUAAAAACAUCAGAGGAGUCAUGGAUUGAACAGCAGAUGCUGGAAGACAAGAAGCGGGCCACAGACUGGGAGGCCACAAACGAGGCCAUUGAGGAGCAGGUGGCUCGGGAAUCCUACCUGCAGUGGCUACGGGAUCAAGAGAAACAGGCCCGCCAGGUCCGCGGCCCCAGCCAGCCCCGGAAAGCCAGCGCCACAUGCAGUUCUGCCACAGCAGCAGCCUCCAGUGGCCUAGAGGAGUGGACCAAUAGGUCCCCACGGCAGCGGAGUUCAGCCUCUUCACCCGAGCACCCUGAGCUGCACACCGAGUUGGGCAUCAAGCCCCCUUCCCCAGGCACUGUCUUAGCUCUUGCCAAACCUCCUUCACCCUGUGCACCAGGUACAAGCAGCCAGUUCUCGGCAGGGGCUGAUCGGGCUACUCCCCCCCUCGUGUCCCUCUACCCUGCUCUGGAGUGCCGGGCCCUCAUUCAGCAGAUGUCCCCCUCUGCGUUUGCAGGUCUGAAUGACUGGGAUGAUGAUGAGAUCCUAGCAUCGGUGCUGGCAGUGUCCCAACAGGAAUACCUAGACAGUAUGAAGAAAAACAAAGUGCACAGAGAUCCACCCCCAGACAAGAGUUGAUGGAGACCCAGAGACUGGAGACCAUCUCCCAACCCCCACCACUCCUGCCCUCCGGUGCCGACCCACCUUCUUUGGCUUUCUUCCCUCUUGCCUUCUUCCCUCUCUCCUUUCGUUUCCCUCUUCCCCACUUCCCUCUGGCUGACCCACCACUGCACCCCCUUUCAUCGCUGCCACCACCACCAUCACCCGUCUCUUCGCCAGCUGACGUGCCCUGUUGCCCCCUGCACAGCACCAUCCCUGCACUCCACAGGGGACUUGGGCAAGGGUGCCGAACAUAGGCAAGAGGCACACAGAGACAAACCAACUGGCAGCCAGGCAGUCCCCGAGGAGAAACAUUCAGACAGAGGAAAGUCUCCCUGCCCCCCUCACUCCCUGCCCUGUUUCUUCCAACUUCAGAAAAACUUGUUACCCCCACCUCCACAAUGAUGCUGGGAAGGUGCGAGGAAGAAGUGGGAAUUCCCCUUCCCAGUACCCCAAGAAUGUCUGAGCCUUCAAUGUUGAAUUUUUUCUUUAUUAAAAUGUACUUUUAUCUUAUAAAAUCAAUCAAUCCAAAAUGAUGUAGACAACAGCAUUGGCUCUGUGAAGGCGGCAUCUCUGGUUUGGGAGCAGGCAGGCCAUGGGCCACAGAGGGAGCACAAAGAUGUGGUUGCUGUCUCUAGCCUCCAGCUCUGUGGAGGUGGGCAGUGUCUAGAGUGCAAGCCGGGGCAGGGUGGGGGGCAGGGGGGCAGGUGUCAUAUGGGCUUUGGACACUGAGACUCUGACCUCGCUGCAUUCCUAUUGCUUCCACACCACCACUACCACUACCACCACCACCACUGGUCUCUUUGGAAUCUUGGGGUGGGAGGCACCUUUGAGGAUCAUGGCAGCCACUGCCUGCCCAGGAUUUGAGUGGGGAGUGGGAGCAGCCUCAACAGAUGAGGCACCUGUGCCCUGCAGGUGUUGACAAGAUCCACCAUCUGUAAUGUCCUUGGCACAAUAAAACCAAAUGUCAGUUUCCCCUGAGCGCCUCUGUUCUGUGUGGGGCAUGGGAUGGGUGGGGCUUUGGGCAGAGGCGGUGAUGGCAUAGGCCUUGGCUUGACCUCUGAGGGCUGCAUGCUCUCCAGUACGGUAUUUCCCCGGGCUCGGGGUUUGUUCAUAUUUGAUUCACUGCUCACUAAACCAACUUCUGGACCUGUUCCUAACAAGAAAGUUCCAUCUUUGCCUGCUGCCCCUGCCUCAAUACUGGCACGUGUAGCCUGCCCACCUUGUGUCCUGGGGUAUGAUGGGAGCAGAGGACUAUGAGCUUGAGGGCUGGUACUGAACUUCCAAUUUCUCUGCCUGCCUCCUUGCCUGCAUACGUUUGCUCUUUCCUUGUGAUCUUUGAUGAGGAAUGCUUUGGAAAGGCACAACAGAGGCCUCAUAUCAACGUAAGUUUAGUGGAAUUGACUGGUGGGCCUCCUGGGUUUAAGGAAUGGUUAAGUCCUUUCUUAUUGAUGUCCCCGGUCUUCUAACACCCCUGUCUGCCUUUCCUUGGGGUAAAGUCAAGGCAGAGAAGGAUGGCUGGUCCCCAUGUUUUGUCAAGAAUGGGGUUUGUUUGUUUGCUGUGCCUCACUAAUGGGGCCCAUGUGGAAGGGUGCAUGUCCAGGUCUGCCGGUGAGGGCAUGGCUGGCCAGGUGGCCACCUGUGGGGUGUCUGUGGAAUUCACUGGUCAUGCAUGCAGAUGUUGGAGAGUUGGUUUGAAACCUACCUGGCUUUUUCUAGAUGUGUGGCCUUGGUCAAAUCAUAGGCUCUGUGAGUUUCAAGGGUCCUACCACGUGUCCAACAGGAGUGAUUAAUGUCUACUACCUCACACUCUCUGGUUGUGAGCACAGAGAGAGAAUGCAUGUGGUCAAUAUAAUGUAUGAUAGCAUGGUGCCUGGCACGUUCUGAGAGCUCAGAUGUUAGCAGAUAGUAUUUAUUAUCCUAAUACUGAAGUUUCUGCACCAUUUGGCCCCUGCCUACCUCUUGCUGCUCUGUCCAGUUUCAUUGGCCUCUGCCUGGAAUUUGCCCUUCCCCUGUCCUGAGCCCCCAACCUUGUCCUUCAAGAUGGGUAGAAGGUCACUUUCUGAGAAGCCCUGUGUGACUCCACAUUCUCACUUCUAUCCACAAAUGUGUCUUUACUCCUUCCCCAAUAACUGUGCAAGGGCUGUGAUGCCUGACUUAAUCUGUGUAUCUCUUAAUAUCUGCACCCCUGCCAGGGCCUGGCAGGCUUACGGUAGACCCCUAAUAAAUACUGGAUGAA